AAUUUGGUCUUUCCUUGUCUAUAUUAAUGACCCUGGAUGUACACUUCUCCACCGCGCUGCAGACUACUAACCAACCUCUGAUUAACCUCCCAAUUAUGGCCGCCCCUUGUUCCCCCAAAUCCAUCUUCAAUCGUCCGAUCAUCCCUUCCUCCUCCGCCUCCUCCUCUCCAUCACCGUCUCUCCCAUCCUUUCUCCGCCCUCCUAAUCCCUCCCUCCUCUCCCUCAGACUCACUCGUUUCCAUUUUCCAGAUAUUAUUCCCACCGCCUUGAAAACUGUACAGUCACAUGACACUCACCCCCACAAACUUGAUCAUGUUGCUUCGGAUUCGGAAACAAAACCCACCAUCUUGGUCUCCGAGAAGCUUGGAGAUGCCGGUCUAAGCCUCCUACGCACCUUUGGAAAUGUUGACUGCUCCUACGAUCUCUCCCCAGACCAGCUCUGCGACAAGAUCUCCUCCUGUGAUGCUUUGAUUGUGAGGAGCGGGACAAAAGUGACGAGGCAAGUCUUUGAGGCUGGCAAAGGCCGACUAAAGGUGGUGGGAAGGGCUGGAGUCGGGAUUGACAACGUCGAUCUGCAAGCAGCAACCGAAUUUGGCUGUCUCGUUGUUAAUGCUCCGACUGCAAAUACUGUUGCAGCCGCGGAACAUGGCAUUGCAUUGCUUGUUGCCAUGGCCCGGAAUGUUGCUCAGGCCGAUGCUUCCGUAAAAGCCGGAAAAUGGCAACGGAACAAGUACGUGGGUGUGUCUCUGGUGGGGAAGACACUAGCGGUGCUGGGUUUCGGAAAAGUUGGAUCAGAAGUUGCCCGACGUGCAAAAGGAUUGGGUAUGCAGGUAAUUGCCCACGAUCCCUAUGCUCCGGUCGACAGAGCCCGUGCUCUUGGCGUAGAUUUGGUGUCGUUUGACGCUGCCAUCUCCACCGCAGAUUUUAUCUCUCUACACAUGCCGCUUACUCCUGAUACUUCAAAGAUGUUCAACGACGACACGUUUUCCACGAUGAAAAAAGGGGUCCGCAUCAUAAAUGUGGCCAGGGGUGGGGUCAUUGAUGAAGAUGCCUUAGUUAGGGCACUGGACGCCGGAAUUGUGGCGCAGGCCGCACUUGAUGUGUUCACAAAUGAGCCGCCGCCAGAGGGAGACAAGCUGGUGCGGCACGAAAAUGUGAUCGCCACGCCGCAUCUCGGAGCCAGCACCAAGGAGGCACAGGAAGGAGUGGCAAUUGAGAUUGCGGAGGCGGUUGUUGGAGCACUGAAAGGGGAGCUUUCCGCCACGGCUGUCAAUGCUCCCAUGGUUGCUCCCGACGUUUUGACAGAGUUAGCUCCCUAUGUUGUUCUAGCGGAGAAGUUAGGUAGGAUGGCCGUACAGUUGGUGGCCGGUGGGCAAGGCAGCGGCGUGAAAUCGGUGAAGGUGGUUUACAGAUCUGGUCGAGCGCCGGAUGAUCUGGACACGAGGCUUUUGCGUGCCAUGGUCACAAAAGGCAUCAUAGAGCCAAUAUCGGCUUCGUUUGUCAACCUCGUGAAUGCAGAUUUCACGGCCAAGCAAAAAGGCCUCCGCAUCACGGAGGAGAGAGUGACGGUGGACUCAUCGCCGGAGUUCCCCAUACAUUCAAUCCAGGUGAAAAUAUCGAACGUGGGGUCAAAGUUCGCGAGUGCGGUGUCGGAGAACGGAGAGAUAAGCGUGGAGGGAAGGGUGAAAUACGGCGAACCGCAUCUGACGAGCGUGGGGUCGUUUGAGGUGGACGUGAGCCUUGAAGGGAACCUGAUCCUGUGCAGGCAAGUUGACCAACCUGGAAUGAUUGGGCAGGUAGGAAAUAUUCUUGGAGAGCGUAACAUAAACGUGAGCUUCAUGAGCGUGGGGAGGACUGUUCGGAGGAAACAGGCCAUCAUGGCAAUUGGGGUAGAUGAAGAACCAGACAAGGUGGCGCUGAGGAAGAUUGGAGACGUUGCUAAUAUUGAAGAGUUUGUGUUCCUGAAUCUAUAGAGAAAUGUUGACUUUUUUCAGUGUCCCUUUUGAAAAAUAAUCAGGAUUCAACCGCACAUGAUCUGCAGUUGUAGCUUCUUUCUUUCUAAUAAAUCGAAAUAAAUAUAUUGAGUUUGUUAUGGGUUUGAGUUUGUUCAAAAUUUUAAACUGUUGAAAAUUAAGUUGGAAAAAAAUU